AUGGGUUACAAGAUAUGCAGCAGGCUUCAUAGAGAAGCUGAACAAAGGGCUGCUGAUAGUAGUAAAAGUAACAAUGAGAAAGGAGAAAAUAAUAACGAAAUUCUCAAAUCUGAGCUUGAUAAAACUUAUAUUUAUGCUACCACUUUAACCUCAAAGAAAAUUGCUAAUGGAACUAGGCCUUCUGAUGAAUGCUAUUACAUUUCCACACCACGUCCUUUGGAAAAUAAAAGCGUCAGUUGGGACUGUGAAGCUGGAUAUUAUUGUCUCAAUCUGGGGAACUCAUCAAAAUUCCCAUGUACUGAUGGAUUUUAUUCACAGCCUGUUUAUUGUUGUGCAGGUUACUAUUGCGAAAAUCCAAAAACAAUCAAACUUUGCCCUGAUGGUCACUUUUGCCCUAUAGGAACCGUGAAUCCAUCAUCUUGCCAUUAUAUGGCUUUUUGUCCACCCGGAUCAAAAUCUGCCAAUAAAUAUUUUAUUGGAGUUUUAGUAACAGUCUUAAUAUUAGUGAUCUUAAUAGUAUUCCAGAUCAAAAAGAAAGCAGAUGAUGAAAAGGCUAUAAAAUAUAAGAGAUUAUUAGUAGAACCCAGAAUUGAAAAUAGUGAAAAACCUUUAGAUCGCGUUUCAAAAACGUUUGAUAUUGAAUUUGAAAAUUUAGGUUUAGUUUUACCUGAUGGCACCGAAAUUAUGAAGGGAGUUUCAGGAUCAUUUGUACAUGGUAGAACGUGUGCGAUCAUGGGGCCAUCUGGUUCUGGUAAAACUACAUUAGUUUCCCUUUUGACGGGAAAAUGCGUUUACUAUAUAGUUAAUGGAAUUACAAAGUCUCUAAGUAAUUACAGAAAACUUAUUGGAUUCGUACCUCAAGAAGAUAUAAUGCUCAGAGAGCUAACGAUACGCGAAAUUUUGGUGCAUUCCGCACUAAUGCGUUUGCCAACAGAAAUGAAACGUGAGGAAAAGAAACAAAAGGUUAUUGAUGUUAUCACAUUUUUGGGAUUGAGUCAUGUUAUGGAUUAUGCUAUUGGCGAUGAAGUGUUACGAGGUAUAUCGGGUGGCCAAAGGAAGCGUACAAAUAUUGGAAUGGAACUUGUAGCAGAACCAUCUAUCCUUUUCCUAGAUGAACCAACAUCAGGUUUAGAUUCAACAAUAGCAUUUGAAGUAUGUCAAUUAUUGAAAAGCAUUGCGUAUGAUCAAAAUAUUACAGUUGCAGCCAUAAUUCAUUCACCAUCAGUAAAAUCUUUUAAAAUGUUUGAUGAUCUUAUGUUGUUGGGUAAAGGGGGAAGAGUUGUAUAUUUCGGGCCUCAGGAUAAAGCAAUGAAAUAUUUUAAUAAACAUGGAUUUAUUCUUCCCGAAGAUGAAAGUGAACCUGAUUUUAUGAUCGAAAUAGCAUCAGGAAGAGUGAGACCAAGAGAUAAUAAUUUAAGCUUAGCGAAUCUUUAUAAAUUAUGGGAAUCUGAGAAAAAAAACGGGGCUUCAUCAGUGGAUAGAUUUUGGGCAACAAUUUAUCAAAUUAUGUAUGAUUCUUAUCAAUAUGCGAUUGAUGUUGGAUUAGAAUUUUUUUAUUUUCUUAAAGGACUUAUUAUUUGGAAAGAUUCUGUUCGUCAAACGCCGAAUGUUUUUACAUCAUUCAUACUUUUAUUUAAAAGAGCAUGUUUACAAAUUUAUCGAAACAAAUCAAGAUUUUUGUUUGAUCAAUUAUUACAUCUUGGUUGCGGAGCGUUUGUUUCUUUGGCAACAAAUAAUCUUGAUUAUAUUGGGCGAGCACCUGAUCAGAUAUGUUCUAUAACACCUUAUGUUGAAUCUCCGAGUUGUUUAAAGCCGAAUGAUAGCCUUCAGACUGUAGGAGUAUUUACAGCUUUGGGAAUAACAUUUUCUGGAACAACAACAUUUGGAUAUGAAAAAGUUGUAUAUUGGCGUGAUACAUCUUCAGGAAUGAAAACUAUACCUUAUUUCUUGGCAAAAAGUAUUGCAGACAUUCCAAGGAUCUUAUUAGCAGGGCUAAUGUUUUCAUUAGCAUUUAUAUUAUUUUAUUCAUAUCGAGCACGUUAUAGUGAAAUUUAUGUUAUUAUUUUACUUACUUAUAUUGCGGCAUGGGAAUUGGAGAAAUUAGGAUUAAUUGGAACAGGAUUCGCUCUUGCUUUUGGCAUGGUUUUAAGUGGAGCAACUCCUAGAUUGGAUACCGUUAAAGAAAAUGAUAGCCUGAGUUGGCUUUACUGGAUAUGGUCUGUUGAAGCAUUAUAUCUUAAAGAAUUAGAUCCAAGAAAAUGGGUUGAAAUUCAUACAAAAAAUCUAAACUAUACGUAUAGCUUUGACGAUUAUCCAAAAGUUUUGCAUAAUAUAUUACGUAUUGCAUUGGCAUGGUCAUGUCUAGCAUUUUUAGCAAUGAAAUUGGUUAACCGAGAUAAACAAAAAUGA